AUCAACCAGUAGUGCUGACGGUGCAGCAUUUGCCCGAUGAAGCUUCGAGGACGUGAGAGUUUUUAAGUAGUGUCUUCACAGCCAUAAUGUCUGAAUGUGUAUUUGAGUCACUCGAAAAUACGUUGGAAACAUAUAUUCCAGAUGCGGAACUCGGAGAAAUUAAACGCAUUUUAUAUGGAAAUGAACUGAGGAAGUUGACCCUACCCCAGACUGCACUGGAUGCUGCAUUGGAGAAGGAUUUUGUUUUGCAGGGUUAUGUCUUUGAGGCAGCACCAGAGCAGCUAAGGGCACCUAGGGUUGUGCGGGUGGGACUCAUCCAAAACAAGAUAAUUCUUCCAACUGAUGCUCCUGUACUUGACCAAAUUAUAGCCCUGCACAAGCGAGUGGGUGAGAUAGUCGAAGUAGCUGCUAUUUGUGGUGUCAAUAUUGUCUGCUUUCAGGAAGCCUGGACAAUGCCUUUUGCUUUCUGCACAAGAGAGAGGGAGCCAUGGACAGAGUUUGCUGAGUCUGCUGAAGAUGGUUUCACCACUCACUUCUGUCAAAAGUUGGCAAAAAAAUACAACAUGGUGAUAGUGUCUCCCAUUCUGGAGAGGGAUGAGAUCCAUGGUGGAACACUGUGGAACACGGCAGUUGUUGUCUCGAAUACAGGGACUGUCCUGGGAAAAAGCCGGAAAAAUCAUAUUCCUCGUGUGGGAGACUUCAAUGAGUCUACAUACUAUAUGGAGGGCAACACUGACCACAGAGUCUUUCAGACACAGUUUGGAAAGAUAGCUGUGAACAUCUGUUAUGGCCGCCACCACCCACUUAACUGGUUAAUGUACAGCAUGCAUGGAGCUGAAAUUAUCUUCAACCCCUCAGCUACAGUAGGAGCUCUCAGUGAACCGUUGUGGUCAAUUGAAGCUAGAAAUGCUGCCAUUGCUAACCACUGCUUUACUUGUGCCAUCAACCGUGUGGGCAUGGAAUAUUUCAAAAAUGAAUUCACAUCUGGAGAUGGGAAGAAAGCCCAUCAUGACUUUGGUUACUUUUAUGGCUCCAGCUAUGUGGCUGCACCUGAUGGCAGUCGGUCACCAGGUCUAUCCAGAACCCAAGAUGGGUUACUAAUAGCAGAACUAGACUUGAACCUAAACCAACAAAGUGCAGACAAGUGGAAUUUCAAGAUGACAGGAAGAUACGAGUUGUAUGCUAAGGAGCUUGCACAAGCGGUCCAGCAUGACUUCAAGCCCAAUAUUGUCAAGGAGUAAAGACGUCUACUUUCUUCCACUGGAAACAAAUCUUUUCUCUUUUUGCACCUAAAUUCAGUGGAGGACAAUUUUCAUUUUAGCCAGAAAUAAAUAUUGUCUGCACUUGAACUAAACAAAAAAAUAAAUAUCUAAUUAUACCUGUUUAGAA